UUUCCCAGGAUCGCUGCGGGAGUGGGAGGCUGCUGCUCGGGAAGAGUGUGGACCAAACCACCGGUGGAGGGACACCGUCUAUUUGAGGACUGACGGCUGAAGCUGUGCUCUUCUUUCUCUAGAUUUAAAAGUUGGUUUCUACAAUUAUUUUUACACAAACUGAGGCUCGGGAAGUUCCGCUCAGAAGAGCCAGAGCCAUCGCAGCGCUGCGAUGGAGGAUGGGAAGCCAGUCUGGGCGCCUCAUCCGACCGAUGGAUUCCAGCUAGGAACCAUCGUGGACAUCGGAGCAGACAGCCUCACCAUAGAGCUUCUCAAGCAGAAGGGAAAGACGUUUCUGGCUCCCAUCAACCAGGUUUUCCCUGCUGAGGAUGACGUCACCAAACAUGUGGAGGAUAACUGCUCUCUGAUGUACCUAAAUGAAGCUACUCUGCUCAACAAUGUUCGAGUCCGCUACAGCAAGGACAAAAUCUAUACGUAUGUUGCCAACAUCUUGAUUGCAGUCAACCCGUACUAUGACAUCCCAAAGCUUUACUCAGCUGAGACCAUCAAGCAGUACCAGGGCCGGUCACUGGGGACGCUGCCGCCGCAUGUCUAUGCCAUCGCUGAUAAGGCGUACAGGGACAUGAAGGUCCUGAAGAUGAGCCAGUCCAUUAUUGUCUCAGGAGAGUCCGGGGCCGGGAAGACCGAAAACACUAAGUUUGUGCUCAGAUACUUAACAACAUCAUACGGGACAGGGCAGGACAUAGACGAGAGGAUAGUCGAAGCUAACCCCCUGCUGGAGGCUUUUGGAAAUGCUAAAACUGUCCGGAACAACAACAGCAGUCGCUUUGGGAAGUUUGUGGAGAUCCACUUCAAUGAGAAGAAUGCAGUUGUCGGUGGAUUUGUGUCCCACUACCUCUUAGAGAAAUCACGGAUCUGUACACAAGGCUCUGAGGAGAGGAACUACCACAUCUUCUACCGCCUGUGUGCUGGAGCGCCAGAGGACAUCCGGCAGAAAUUCCACCUCAGGUCUCCGGAUACCUUCAGGUACCUGAACAGAGGAUGCACGCGCUUCUUCGCAACCAAAGACACGGACAAGCAGAUCCUGCAGAAUCGGAAGAGCUCAGAGCACACAAAGUCCGGCCCAUUGAAGGACCCGCUGCUGGACGACCACGGCGACUUCAACAGGAUGUGCGUCGCCAUGAAGAAGAUCGGCCUGGGCGACACGGAGAAGCUGGACUUGUUCCGGGUGGUGGCUGGAGUCCUACACCUGGGGAACAUUGAUUUUGAGGAGGCUGGAAGCACAUCAGGCGGCUGCACCAUCAGAAACCAGUCGAGUCAGACGCUGGAAUAUUGUGCUGAGCUGCUGGGCCUGGAGGAGGACGACCUGAGAGUCAGCCUCACCACCAGGGUCAUGCACACAUCAGCAGGGGGCGCCAAAGGGACAGCCAUCAAAGUGCCCUUGAAAGUGGAGCAGGCCAACAACGCUCGGGACGCACUGGCGAAGGCCACCUACAGCCGCCUGUUUGACCAUGUGGUGACCCGGGUCAACCAGUGUUUCCCCUUCGACUCGUCGGCCAACUUCAUCGGCGUCUUGGACAUCGCCGGCUUCGAAUACUUUGAACACAACAGCUUCGAGCAGUUUUGCAUCAACUAUUGCAACGAGAAGCUGCAGCAGUUCUUCAAUGAGCGCAUCCUGAAGGAGGAACAACAGCUGUACCACAAGGAGGGGCUCGGAGUCAACGAGGUCCACUACGUCGACAAUCAGGACUGCAUAGACCUGGUGGAGGCCAAGGUGCUGGGCAUCCUGGACAUCCUGGACGAAGAGAACCGUCUACCUCAGCCCAGCGACCAGCACUUUACCGACACCGUUCACAGAAAGCACAAGAACCAUUUCCGCCUCACUAUUCCCAGGAAGUCCAAGCUGACCGUCCACCGGAACGUGAGGGAUGAUGAAGGAUUUAUCAUCCGACAUUUUGCAGGAGCCGUGUGCUACGAGACGACCAAGUUUGUGGAGAAGAACAACGAUGCCCUGCACAUGUCUCUGGAGAGCCUGGUCAGCGAGUCCAAAGAUCGCUUUGUCCGUGAGCUGUUUGAGAACUCCACCAACAGCCGAGACGUCAAGCAGAAGGCCGGGAAGCUCAGCUUCAUCAGCGUCGGGAACAAGUUCAAGACGCAGCUCAAUAUUCUGCUGGACAAGCUCCGCAGCACGGGCUCCAGCUUCAUCCGCUGCGUUAAACCCAACCUGAAGAUGGUCAGCCACCAGUUUGAAGGAGCUCAGAUUCUCUCCCAGCUGCAGUGCUCAGGAAUGGUCUCGGUCCUGGACCUAAUGCAGGGUGGCUUCCCCUCCAGAGCUCCUUUCCACGAACUCUACAACAUGUACCAGAAGUACAUGCCGCCCAAACUGACCCGCCUGGACCCGCGGCUCUUCUGCAAGGCUCUGUUCAAAGCUCUGGGACUCGACGAGAACGACUACAAGUUUGGCCUCACCAAAGUCUUCUUCCGUCCUGGAAAGUUUGCAGAGUUCGAUCAGAUCAUGAGAUCGGACCCGGAACACCUGGCUGAGCUGGUCAAGAAGGUCAACAAGUGGCUCAUCCACAGCCGCUGGAAGAAGGUCCAGUGGUGCGCUCUGUCCGUCAUCAAGUUGAAAAAUAAGAUUCUGUACCGGACCAGCGCCUGCAUUAAGAUGCAAAAGACCGUUCGGAUGUGGCUCUGCAGGAAGAAGCACAAACCUCGUAUUGACGGUUUGGUGAAGGUCCAUAACCUGAAGAAGAGGAUGGGCCGCUUCAACGUGGUGGUAGGCGGCCUGAAGGAAGGGAAACAGGAGAUGAGCAAACAGAUCCAGGGCCUGGAGAACACCAUCGACGCCCUGAUGCUGAAAAUCAAGAACACUAUGAUGAGCCGCAUCGACAUCGACCACGAGUACCAGGCGCUGGUUUCGCGCUCAGAGAAGCUGCUGACAGAUCUGCAGAACAAGAAGAAGGAGGAGGAGGAGCGAGAGCGGCUUUGGCGCAUCCAGGAGGAGAUGGAGAGGGAGCGAAAGAGGAGGGAGGAGGAGGAGCAGCGCCGCAGGCAGGAGGAAGAGGACCGGCGACUGAAAGCAGAGAUGGAGGUGAAGAGGAAGCAGGAAGAGGAAGAGAGGAAGAAGAGGGAGGAAGAGGAGAGGCGGCUGCAGAUGGAGUUGGAGCUGCAGCUGCAGGCCGAGAGGGAGGAGGACGUGGCCCGGCAGGCUGUCCUGGAGCAGGAGAGGAGGGACCGGGAGCUGGCGAUGAGGAUCGCCCAGAGCGAGGCAGAGCUGAUUCCUGAGGAGGCGUUGAACGACUCGGGCCUGCGCAGUAACGGCUCCUCCGUUCCAUCGUCCCCAGAGAGAGCAGCUAUCGGUGCGAGCACAAACCUGAAGAGCUACACCAUGGAGGAAAUGGCGAAGGAGAUGACUGAACUUCUCGCUCGAGGACUGCAGGUUCAGGCAACCAAAGCUGCCGCCAACACCAAGAAGUUUGAGCUGAGCAAGUGGAAGUACGCCGAGCUGCGGGACGCCAUCAACACGUCGUGUGAUAUCGAGCUCCUGGCUGCCUGCAGGGAGGAGUUCCACCGCCGCCUCAAAGUGUACCACGCCUGGAAGUCAAAGAACAAGAAGAGGAACACCGAGACGGAGCAGCGAGCGCCUAAAUCCGUCAUGGACUACGGUCAUACAUCUCCAGUGAAAGGACCAUCAGCCCAGCAGAACCUGGCCCCGCCCAUACCGGCCCGGCAGCAUGAGGUGGUGAUGAACCGGCAGCAGCGCUACUUCCGCAUCCCGUUCAUCCGACCCGGAGACCAGUACAAAGACCCCCAGAAGCCCCAGAAGAAAGGCUGGUGGUACGCACACUUUGACGGGCCGUGGAUCGCCCGGCAGAUGGAGCUGCAUCCUGAUAAACAACCCAUCCUGCUGGUGGCAGGGAAGGACGACAUGGAGAUGUGCGAGCUGAGCCUGGAGGAGACGGGCCUGUCGAGGAAGAGGGGAGCUGAGAUCCUUCCUCGGCAGUUUGAGGAGAUCUGGGAGCGCUGCGGCGGCAUCCAGUACCUUCGGAGCGCCAUCGAGAGCCGGCAGGCGCGGCCCACCUACGCCACGGCCAUGCUGCAGAGCCUGUUAAAGUGAUGGGGCCCGGAUCCAGGGCCUCACACCGCAAACAAAGGGACGAACGCAGCGGGGGCCAGAGGCAGAUGGCUUCGGAGCGCUCUGAGCCACAGGACGCUCGGCCUGAGCGGCGGUUUAUCUCGACUGUCCUUUUGUUUUUGUUUUGUUUGUGGCGUUCCUUGCAGUUCCUCGAUGGGGGAUCGAGGACAGGGAAGUUUUGCAUUGAACCCUAUGCAGAUUUAAUCACACUAAAUGAUCACAUCCGGUUGUUUUCUAAGAGGUUCUGUUCUCUGUAACAUCACUGCAAGUCUAACUGAGGCCUUAAAUCUACAUUAACAGAGUUUAAUUGCUGAAGAGUCCAACUUUAUGUUCAGAGCUUCUGAAAACAUCUCAUUCCUUUGCAACCAUACAUUCCUGAUUAUUCCAAUGAUGUGUCCUAACUGAUCCCGCCCCGACUCCCAACCAGCUGUUGACACGGUUGGUUCUUCCAGGGCAGGAAAGGUCCAGAGUCGGCAGCGUGAGGCAGAGCUCUACGAGUGUCUCCUGAUUGUUUUUUCUUGUCUUUCUGGUUGAAUGAAACUCCACAUAUGAUUAAUUUGUUGAAUGAAUCCCAGUUUUUUUCUCAUUCUGUUUGAUUUAAGUUUGGGAAACCAGUUACUUUGUGUUUGUAAAGGAAGCUGAAAAUGUGAAGUAAUUUUGCACCAGCUGAGAUCUGACUCGUUGGCAUUCCUAUCGCAGUGAAUCUUGAGGUAGUUUCUGGAGUUUUCCAAGCUUCUCCUGUUCGUAGGGGGAAAUAUGGAGCAUGUUGUCAGCAGCUCCCAGCCUGAACCUCUUCCCAGAAUAGUUUCUCUACUGUAAAGUUUAUUUUUGGGAGAAUAGUUUCUUCUUUUUUAGCUACAAAUGAGAAGCAAUAAAACAUGGAAACAAAGAAAGGAAGCAGGAAUGUAACAGACAAUCCAUGGAGAUGGCGGUCUGGGAAAACUGGCUUUAACAGAAGUAGGACGUUUAAAUCUGGUCCAGUUCCAACUUCUCUGAGGCCUUUAUCAGGUGUAGCUUCACAGCAGGACUUCCAUAAGGUUCAGAUGGAUGUCUGCAGCAGCUGCUCUGUCUCUGCCAGACUAGUGCUUUUAGAUCGUCAGUGUCUGCAGGUUCGGCUCCUGGAGCUGCAGGAUGACCUGCAGUCAGGAAUAUCAGCUCCUUGUUCAACACCAACCGGGAGAGAACCAAUUAGGUGACCCUGAUGGGACUCAUCUGCUCAUGGUACCUGCUCCUGAACCGUUACCAUCUCAUCACUGGUCUCCAGUCAGUCAUGUUGUCCAGUCUGUAGCUCGGUGAUCCGUUGUCAUUCACAGCCGGGUUGUUUCCUGUUUCUGGUCAAUAAAGGUUUACUUCAAGUUGAAUUAGCCUUUUCCUGCUUUCGUUGACGCCUCUCUUCAGUUCAUCUCAGUGGUGGUAGAAGAGCUUUCUUUGACUUUGCCUCCAUCACCACCUGCUCAGGUAAAGGGUUUAAAUCCUCUCAGCUGCAUCCUGAGGCCUGCGUCUCAUCCAGAUGACUCUGGUUCACUUGAUCAGCCAGAACCUUAGCAAAAGGACCGCUGUGGGUCAGUCAGAAGUUUCUUCAUCCAUCUAAGCUCAGCCUGCUGUUAGGAUAAGUUGAGCCUGAACUGGUGACCAUGUCCUUAGACUGCAGUUCAUGCAGGAACAUCCUGGGAAAUAAAAUGAGUUCAGACUCGAGACUUGUAUCGGACCAGAAACGGAACAUGCUGGUCGGGUCUGCAUGUUGAUGCUCUUUGUAAAGGAACCGCAUCCAUAGCUCCAUCUGUGUUGGUGUGAAGAUCUCCAUGAUAAUGUUUCUGUUUGUCUCCAAUGAUCCCAGGAAGCACCACCUCUGUCCCAUUUCUAACACUGCUCUCUAACGAAUGAAUAAAGGCGUUUCCUGUUAAA